GCCAGUUUAGAGCUUUCCUUUGGGUGUGUGAACAGUGGGCCAGUUGCCAAUAAAAACGACCUUUUCCUUGGUGAAAAUAAAUAAGAAACUUCGAAAUGGACUUGCUGCAGCUGAACGAUGAUUGCUUGGAUCUAAUAUUUAGUUACCUAAAAUUCGAUGAGUUACUGCCGCUCUACAAUGAAUUGCAAUGUUUUGAGGGAGCCAUCGAAAGACAAAUGCACCGAUUUAGGGAUCUCAAGUUUAGCAUGAGACAACCACCAGUAUUCCACGAGGAUCUAAUGAUCAAACUGGGUCGCCACCUGAACAGUCUGCACAUUAACGUGGGCUACUCCACCAAGGAUGAAGAUGUCCUGCGAUACUUGAACCCUCUAUGCCAAGGAGCCGCCGAGAGUCGCCGAAUGAAAGCCCUAAAAUUGGACCACGCCAAGUGGUCAUUUGAUAUAUUUAGUGCCGUGGAUAAAGUGGUUCCAUCGCUGUUAUUUUUGGACAUGCGUCACUGCGAUGUGCGCGAUUACCAGAUAGCAAAGCUCUUGGAAUCGGCAGAUAAGUUGAAGGCACUCGCCCUGCUCCAUGUGAACAAUCAGACGGGAGAUUCCUAUCUGGAGCCCAAAAUACUCAACAGGUUGCCAUCGCUAAAACUUAUCCAUAUCACAAUUAUAGGGCCUGUGCCAUUUGCCCCUGAAAAUCUGGCCCAGCAAUGCCCAAACCUGAGUUUCCUCAUCAGUGACCUAAUCAACAGCGAUUUCAAGAUUUAUGGACCGCCUGAUAAUAUUCAGAACUAUUAUAAGAACUACAAUGACUAUUUCACGAUGCCUUGAGGAGUCAUGAAUUUUAACAAAAACGAUCUCGAUGGAAAUGGUUCUUGAAUUUUGUCAUUACAUUUUAAAAUGCAUUUAAAACAAAGCUUUAAAGCAAUUCUUUUUAUUAUUUGUUAUUUUUUAUUAUAAAAACAUUUGUUUAAUAUAGAAAAUGAAUAAAAUCCGGGAAAAACUUUUCGUGUAA